AGUGUGAAUUGGAGAAUCCGGUUCCCAAUUUUAUCGGAGUGAGAGUGGCGAGCGUGAAAAAUCAAAAAUGACGAAAUCGGACCAGGUUCAGUGCACCACGCGCACUCAUUUUUUCUUCCCCCCAAAAAGUCUUUUGGAAUUUCACUGUCCAAUUCCAACGUUAGCCACGCCUUUUCCUUUUAGCCUUGUCACUCAUCUCCUUCUCACAGUCCUCUCUCGCUUUUAAGACGACCAUUCUCUUUUCAUCGCAAUCGCAGUUCCAAACCCCAUUAAUAGUAUAAAGCUCAAGCUUUGCUUCUUGGCUGCCAAACAUGGCCUUCACUGAAUUCCGGCCACUCGAUGAGAAGUCGCUCGUAGACUACAUAAAGUUCGUCCCAGCUCUCUUUUCUAAGCUUGGCAACAACCUCGACGGCUUGACCAUCAAAGAAGUCGGAGAUGGUAACCUCAAUUUCGUCUACAUCGUCGCUGGUCCCUCUGGUUCUUUCGUCAUCAAGCAGGCUCUACCAUACAUACGUUGUAUAGGCGAAUCAUGGCCAAUGACAAAGGAACGAGCAUAUUUUGAAGCAUUGGCAUUAAAGGAACAGGGCCAUUGGAGUCCUGAUCAUGUUCCAGAAGUUUAUCAUUUUGACCGUACUAUGUCGUUAAUUGGCAUGCGCUACUUGGAGCCUCCACACAUUAUCCUGAGGAAAGGUUUGAUUGCUGGGAUUGAGUAUCCAUUGUUGGCUGAACACAUAUCCGACUACAUGGCAAAGACUCUUUUCCACACGUCUCUUCUUUAUCAUUCCACCACUGACCACAAACAUGCAGUGGCUGAAUUUUGUGGGAACUUGGAGUUAUGCAGGCUCACCGAGCAGGUUGUUUUCUCUGACCCUUAUAAAGUGUCUCAAUAUAACCGUUGGACUACCCCUUAUCUGGAUCAUGAUGCUGAGGCUGUACGAGAGGAUAAUGCUUUGAAAGUUGAAAUCGGCGAGCUAAAAUCCAAGUUUAUUGAAAGGGCACAAGCCCUAAUUCAUGGAGAUCUUCAUACUGGUUCUGUGAUGGUUACGCUUGAAUCAACUCAAGUUAUAGAUCCAGAAUUUGCAUUUUAUGGACCAAUAGGUUUUGAUGUUGGCGCAUUUAUAGGAAACCUCAUUUUGGCCUACUUUUCCCAAGAUGGACAUGCUGAUGGUGGGAAUGAUCGAAAAAGCUAUAAGGAAUGGAUUUUGAGGACAAUUGCGGACACUUGGAAUCUUUUCCAGAAGAAAUUCAUAGCACUUUGGGAUGAGCACAAGGAUGGUUCUGGUGAAGCUUAUCUUCCUGCAAUUUAUAACAACUCUGAGGUUCAGCAUCUUGUGCAAAAGAGAUAUGUUGAAGACUUAUUCCAUGACACCCUUGGCUUUGGUGCUGCCAAAAUGAUAAGGAGAGUUGUUGGUGUAGCCCAUGUGGAGGAUUUUGAAUCUAUCAGUGAUGCUAAAAAACGAGCCAGUUGUGAGCGGCGUGCACUUGAUAUGGCAAAGUUGCUUCUCAAGGAAAGAAAAAAGUUCCAUGCCAUUGAUCAAAUCGUCACUGCUAUGCAGCAAGUCGCGUAAAUGGUGUAGCUCUGUAGUAAAAAGAGUUGACAGCCGGCUUAAAUCUGGGUUUUCUGGUGGAAAGGCCCCGAGUUUUUCUGUUUCAUUAAGAGUAUAGUAUUAGUAUCAAAGAAUAACCCGGGCUCUUACUGCAUAUGGUCGUUAUGGUGCUGUUCCAUUAUGACUACGUUUUCUUCCUUAUUGAUAAGUGGCAGUCCUGGUUUGUUGCUUCUCUUGAGAACAUACAAAGCCGUGCAAGUUAAUUGUAUGAUUUGUGGUAUUUUUAUACUUAUAUAUAACAGUGUAAAGUCGGGCUGCCCAACCCGACUGGAUCAAUAUGUCAAAUUUAAAACCUGCUAUCCAGUCCUGUAGGUAUCAAAUUAGGUUUAGGGCUUGGAUAUCAAACUCUAGAUUUAAAAUUCAGGUCCAAUUUGAGAGCCAAAAAUUUAAUGUUUA